UUGCCUGCAAGCUGCUCACCUCCUGCUGUAUGGCCCCCUAACAGGCCACAGACCGGUAGUGGUCCAUAGCCUGGGGGUCGGGGACCCCUGCUUCAUAUGACCCUGAAACCAGAACCGCUUGUGAUUUCUGAUGUCCCAGGAAAUUACCCCCUGAUACCAGAUAAUGCCUCUCUUAUUGGGAGACCCAUCAGUAGGAGCUGAGGAGCUUGCAUAUCUGCUCCCUAUAGACCUCACACUCAGCUCUUCCCUCUUGCCAUUGGUGGUCGGGAUCACCUCUCAGAUGGAGGCGAAAUAACCUUAAGGACUCUCCUUUUUAAGUUUUAGUAUCUUUGGCUCGUGCCUUCCCUAGGACAGUGAGGGUAAACAGUUUUACUUUCAAAGACUGUCCUCUCUCACUGAUGUCAGGUCGCAGACAUAGGAGGUGGUGCUGUCAACAAGCUGCUGCAAGUAAGGGCAACUGUGGAGAACCCGAGAAGUUACUUGUUUAUUUUCAGCCUCUUCUUCUACCAUUCCCCCUACAUACACCUACUCCCAAGACUCGGUGAUCCAACGUUUCUUAGUGCUCCCUCCAGGCUUGCAAUGUAUGGUUAUGUAGGUCGUGCACUGCACGUAAGCUCUAUUUCUAAAGGGACAUGAUUCACAUCAUAGAUACAGUAGAUUUGUAGAUUUAUUAUGACAAUGUUUCAGAAAGGCAAUAAAUUGUCUUGAGGAAGGGAACAGGGAAUAGGGCAUACGAGCUAACCCAACUCAACCUUUCUGAAUGCAUUGUGCUCUGUACCUUUAAAGGUGCUGGAACCCUCUAGCCUGUCUGGUCAAUUUGGUCCCUCACCCUUCAAGGUCAAGUGAAGACACCACUUCCCCUGGUGAGGCCAUCUCAACUAGGCAUGGCACAUUUCCCUGAGCCUCGGAACCCUUGGCACACACCUCUAUUUUCUCACCUCACGAACGAUGUUGUCUCUCUCCUCUGCCCAGCUGAACAAUCAUAUUCACCUUGCAAUCUGGCCCCUUACCGAGCACAGCACUUAGUAUUUGCUCAAUAAAAAAUUUGUUGAAGAGAGAACGUUGAACUUGUAAGGCUAAUCGUCCUGCCAAAAGCUUAGGUUUAAGAAAUACUCAUCAACAAAAACUGUCUCUGGCGUGUCAUGGGUCUAUUUAGUCUGAGAUUUUAGCCUUGGAGCAGGCUAACCCAUUGGAGCCAUGUGCGGGGAGAGUGCAGUUCCCCAGGCCCUGAAUCCCUUUACCAGUGUUUGGCUCAUACCUUGACUGGUGCUGAGUAACAGUGUAAGAAACAGCCAUGUAAUAUUUCUGCUGUGUUUGUGGCAUGGCUUCCUAAGAUGAGAUUAUUACAUUUCACAGGUGUGCUUCCUGAGGUCUAUGAAAAAAAGUUCUGUGAUCUUUAUGUCAGGAACAUUUUGCUGCUUUUGACUAUGGUGGUGUUUUUUACUUUGCAAAGUGAGUUAUUCGAUUACUAGGAAGCUCAGAAACAAAUCUAUGACCCACUUUCUAUGAUAUGCACUAACUUUGCAUUGCUGUGAACUAACUUUCCCCCAUCUUCUCUGAAAUAUGAUUCGUCUGUUCUAAAUAGCCUUUCUGUAUUGUGGUGAAACAUUUUGGGAAUGAGGCAGGUGGCAGCGCCUGCCCUGGGCACACAACCAUCAUGUGCAGAAAUGGGUCUGGAACCCAGGUGUUCUGACUUCAUCAGGCAAAAAACUAAAAGAAACCGAAUGGAAAGGAGGUGAAUGCUUCUGGGUCAGUGUCUAGGGUUUCCUAGGGACGAUGAAGCACUGCCAAAGACCCAUAUCCCUCACUUCAGACCUAAAGAGGGCCCUGGAAUCUCUGGGAAGGCUGAGACGAACAGAGCACUUAGGACUAUCAAACUGCUGGGCCACCAGGCUAGAGGCCCUGCAGCAGGCCUCGCUCAUUUUUACAUAACACUAGUGCCUCUGUAGUGCCUAUCUAGCACAUGGUAGGUGUGCAGCAAACAGCUGUUACCAAAUAAGCCACAUUUGGGUUUCACUAAUCCUAGGUCUGGGGUGCCCCAUCCAUUGCCAGACCCCCUUCACUUAUAUUAGGUUUGAAAGUGAGGACCAUGUGUCCUAGAGGGCAGUAUUGGUGUUGCCAGGACAAAAUAAUAAUCGCUGCCUAUGUGGUGAAGUUAGGAGCAAACAUGUCGUUUCCAGAUACUUCUUGGCUCUAAGGGAAGUCUUUUUAGAUAACUUUAAUCCUGGGACUGAGGGACAAGGAUUGUGCACUUGGUGCUGGAGAAGGUGCCCCAGGAGGGUGGUGGAUGCCAGAGAACCAGGCUGUCCCAAGCUUCGGUCCCAGUGGGUUGGCCUGUGGCUAGCAGUCUGUGGGUUCUGCAGGACCUAUCUAGCCCCUUCCUUCUCGCCUGCAGCUGUCGAAGAUGCACUGGACACCGGAACACGCCCAGCCCCUCAACCAGUGGCCAGAGCAGCACCUGGACGUCUCCUCCACCACCCCAUCGCCAGCCCACAAGUUGGAGCUGCCCCCUGGGGGUCGCCAGCGCUGCCACUAUGCUUGGGCACACGAUGACAUCUCUGCCCUCACUGCCUCCAACCUCCUCAAGCGCUAUGCAGAGAAGUACUCUGGAGUCUUGGACUCGCCUUACGAGCGACCCGCCCUGGGCGGCUACGGCGAUGCCUCCUUCCUCAACGGUGCCAAGGGGGACUCCGAGCCCUGGCCAGGGCCAGAGCCACACUACCCCUUGGCCUCACUCCACGAGGGCCUUCCGGGGACCAAGUCAGGCAGUGGGGGCGGCUCCGGCGGCCUCGGGGGCUCCCCGGUUUUAGCCGGGAACCUACCUGAACCCCUCUAUGCCGGCAAUGCGUGCGGGGGCCCAUCGGCGGCAUCUGAAUACGCGGCGGGCUACGGCGGCGGGUACCUGGCCCCCGGUUACUGCGCGCAGACUGGCACCGCGCUGCCUCCGCCGCCCCCUGCCACGUUGCUGCAACCUCCACCUCCGCCGGGCUAUGGCCCCUCAGGGUCUCUGUACAACUACCCCGCAGGGGGCUAUGCCGCACAGCCCGGCUACGGGACUCUGCCACCGCCUCCGGCCCCGCCACCGACCUCCUACUUGCCCUCCGGCCUGGCGGCGCCCACGCCCCUGCCUGCGCCCGCCCCGCCGCGGCCCGCGCCCACCUCCUACAGUUUCCAGGCUGCUUCUCCUGGCGUGGAGGCCGGGGUGUCGCUGAAGCGCAAGGCCACGGACGAGGGUGCAGAGGGCCGUUACCGCAAGUAUGUCUACCAGCCCGCCAAGGCUCCGGCGGCCGACGGCGCAUCCUACGCCUCCGUGGACAACGGCGAGUGUCGAGGCAACGGGUUCCGAGCGAAGCCGCCGGGAGCUGCGGAGGAGGCAUCUGGCAAGUACGCAGGGGGCGUCCCCCUCAAGGUCCUGGGCUCCCCGGUCUACGGUCCACAACUCGAGCCCUUUGAAAAGUUUCCAGAGCGCGCCCCGGCGCCGGCUCCCCGCGGGGGCUUCGCCGUGCCGUCGGGGGAGCCUCCCAAAGGUGUGGACCCAGGAGCCCUGGAGCUGGUGACGAGCAAGAUGCUGGACUGCGGGCCCCCGGUGCAGUGGCUGGGGCAGCUCUGCCGGCAGGCAGCGGCCGGAGCGGGACUCCCGGGGCUGCAGCGCCCCGUCUCCUACAAGGACUUGGAGGCGGCGCUGGUCAAAGUGGGCCCCAGGACCUCCCCCAAGGACCUGGACUCGUACGUGGAAUGGGACAAAAUGUAUGGCUUCGGACACUGACGGCGCGCAGGGGAGGCCGCGGGAGCCGCCCCCCCCUCCCCGCCCCCUCCGUUUGGGAGGGAUGUCUUUAACUCACCGGGUUGGGAGGGUGCGAGUGAUGAAUGUGCAGUGGGAGAGGGGAGGGGACUGCCGGUGACUUUUUUUCGUGGGAAGGAAAAGUCUUCUGCUAGGCAGAUAGAUGCCAUAUGCGCUGUGUACUCAGGUUUUUCCUAUUUAUUGUGGACGGGAAGCUCGCCAUCUCCGCUCCGCGGACGGGCCGACCUGGGAUGGGCUGGUACCUGGGGCCUAAGGCACUCCUGCUUCUCUCGCCACAAUCUUUUGUCUCCUCGCUUUCUGAAUGGCUCCCUCCUCCUCAUCCACUCUCCCCUCUUUCUCUGCAUUUAGUUUUCCCUGUCGUUUUGUCACUGCCCCCCUCCAUCCUGGCCCUGUUUCUCUUUUGAUCCUCCCUCCCCUCUCUCUCCAUCUAUCAUCCUCUGUGCUUCUGUCUCCAUCCUUUGCUCUCCAGCCUCUCUGUGUCUCUUGGUUUCUCUCUCCUUCUGUCCCUGUCAUUCAAAGACUGCAGGAGAGCUGGAGGUCCAGGGGCUGAGGAGGCAGGGGGUAGGGAAUUCUCUC